AUGGCCGCCCUCCGCUCCCUCGCCUCCGUCGGGCGUCGCGCCGGGCUCCUUGUCGCCCCUAGGGUAUCUAGCUUUGCCAACUCGCUUCCGGCGUCUUCCUCCUACGCCUCGUCAUUCUUCUCGCGAUCCGUCCCGACGCGUUCAUCCUUUUCCAACUUGUCCCAAUACGCUCGCACCUUCUCCGCUGUCCCGGAGCUCUUCAGCGCCACGGACUCCUUCGCGAAUAGGCAUAACAACACCUCGAGGGACGUGUCAGAAAUGCUUGCGUUCCUCGGCUUGCAGGACAUCAAUCAGCUCAUCGACCAGACUGUUCCGUCUUCCAUUCGCAACAAUCGCGACUUAGAGGUAGGCCCGGCCCUUUCCGAGACCGAGGCUUUAGCCAAACUCAAGGCAAUGGCUAGCAAGAACAAGCUCUACCAGAACCAUAUCGGCAUGGGCUACCAUGGCACUCUCACCCCACAUGUCAUCCUCCGCAAUAUUUUGGAGAACCCUGGAUGGUACACCCAAUACACACCGUACCAAGCAGAGAUUGCCCAGGGCCGGCUUGAGUCCCUGCUCAACUAUCAAACUAUGGUGGCCGACAUCACUGGUCUUCCAGUUGCGAACGCCUCUCUCCUCGAUGAGGCCACGGCCGCCGCGGAAGCCAUGUCUAUGUGCUUCAACAUCGCCCGUAGAAAGAAGAAGUCUUUCUUCGUCAGUGAGCUCGUUCACCCUCAAACCAUCGAUCUGGUCAAGACUCGUGCCGAAGGAUUUGGUGUGCAGGUCAUUGUCGGUGACCACAAGACAUAUGACGUCGCUGCGAACAAGGACCUUUGCGGUACCCUAAUCCAAUACCCGGCCACUGAUGGAUCCAUUGAUGACUACGAACCAUUCAUCGCGGCAAGCAAAUCUGCUGGUGCCAAGGUUGUCAUGGCCACUGAUCUUCUCGCUCUCACAACUCUUAAGUCACCCGGCGAGAUGGGUGCCGAUUUCGCUGUCGGUAACUCCCAGCGCUUUGGUGUUCCGAUGGGAUACGGAGGCCCUCACGCGGCUUUCUUUGUGACCAAGGAGGAGUUCAAGCGCCAGCUCCCAGGUCGUAUUAUCGGUAUCAGCCGUGAUGCCAACGGGGGACCAGCCUUGCGAAUGGCCAUGCAAACUCGCGAACAGCAUAUCCGCCGCGACAAGGCCACAUCUAACAUUUGCACUGCCCAGGCAUUGCUUGCCAACAUGGCUGCUAUGUACGGCAUUUACCAUGGCCCGGUUGGGCUCAGAAAGAUUGCUGCGCGCACGGCUGGCCUUGCUCGCGUUUUCGGUUCCGCAGUUGGAGAGAUGGGAUUCACCGUUCCAUCUGCCAGCCAAUACUUCGAUACCGUCAAGGUAACUAUGGGGUCAGCAGCCGAGGCAGAUGCAGUCAUGUCAGCCCUGGUAGAAAGUGAAAUCAACGGCCGCCGCUUGAAUGAUACUGAACUGACAUUCGCUUUCGAUGAGACUCAUAGCUUGGAGAGUGUUGAGAAGCUUGCCGGUGUGUUUGCUGCUCAGAGCGGAAAGUCUGUCGAUAUCGCUGCCAUUGCUGAGAAGGAAUCAUCCGUGUCCACUGACAGUGUAUAUGGAGAGGCUUCCCGUACUUCUGAAUUCAUGACUCACCCCAUCUUCAACACGAAGCACACUGAGCACGAGCUCUUGCGAUACAUCAACCGUUUGCAACAAAGGGAUCUAUCCCUUACACACUCUAUGAUUGCGUUGGGCUCCUGUACUAUGAAGUUGAACGCCACUUCUGAAAUGAUUCCUGUAACAUGGCCGGAAAUAUGCAGUCCACAUCCGUUCUCUCCUCCUGACCAGAUGGAGGGCUACUACGAGAUGUUUGAGGACCUUCAGAAGGAUCUUUCUGACAUCACUGGAUUUCACACCGUGUGCCUGCAGCCAAAUUCUGGAGCGCAAGGUGAAUAUACCGGACUGCUUGCGAUCAAGAAAUACCAUGAGAGCCGUGGAGACCAUCACCGCAACGUCUGCAUCAUUCCCCUCAGUGCACACGGAACCAAUCCAGCCUCGGCAGCGAUGCUUGGCAUGAAAAUCGUGACGGUUUCGUCUGAUGAAAUGGGCAACGUGAACGUUGCAGAACUGCGAGAGAAGGCGGAGAAGCACAAGGAUAAUCUUUCAUCGCUGAUGAUCACGUAUCCAUCCACUCAUGGUGUGUUCGAAGAUGCCAUUAAGGAGGUUUGCGAUAUCAUUCAUGACAACGGCGGUCAAGUGUACAUGGAUGGAGCAAACAUGAACGCACAGGUUGGAUUGUGCUCUCCUGGAGAGAUUGGUGCCGAUGUAUGCCAUCUGAACCUGCAUAAGACAUUCUGCAUCCCUCAUGGAGGUGGUGGACCAGGCAUGGGACCCAUUGGUGUUGCCAAGCAGCUUGCUCCUUUCCUUCCUGACCAUCCGGUAAUCUCCCCUCCGAAUCCUGACAAGGUACACAACAAGGGCAUUGAAACAGGGUGCGUCUCAGCUGCACCCUUCGGCUCCUCCGCUAUUCUACCAAUCUCUUACAUGUACAUCAAAAUGAUGGGAACAGAUGGACUUCGAGAGGCCACAGAGCAGGCCAUUUUGAACGCCAACUACAUGGCCAAGCGCCUUGAAGACUCAUACGACGUCCUUUACAGGGGAAGCAAGGGCCGAGUGGCUCACGAGUUCAUCAUCGACAUGCGUCCGUUCAAGUCCAACUGUGGCAUCUCGGAAACAGAUAUUGCCAAGAGACUUCAGGACUACGGGUUUCAUGCCCCGACUAUGAGUUGGCCUGUUUCUGGAACCCUCAUGGUGGAACCAACAGAGAGUGAGAGCAAGGAAGAGCUCGAUCGGUUCUGUGACGCAAUGAUCAUGAUUCGCGAAGAGAUCCGUGCCGUGGAGGAAGGUCGUAUGGACAAGGAGGACAACCCUCUCAAACAUGCACCUCAUACAGCUGCGAUCGUUUCUGCGGAAGAGUGGGAUCGCCAAUACCCCCGUGCACUAGGUGCGUUCCCGGCCGCAUGGGUCGAAAACCAGAAAUUCUGGCCCACAGUGUCCCGCGUCGACGACGUUUUCGGAGAUCGUAACCUUAUGUGCACUUGCCCUCCGGUCUCUGACUACACUCAAGACGACGAUGAGCGCAUAGAGAGCGUUGCAUAAGAUGCGUCGAAAAUUUUUUGAGAACAGGCCGACGUGAGCAUGAAAAAUCUGUGAGCAGUACGGGUUAAAUUCGGAGAAUAGCGUAUGGCUGAUGCUACUUCACAUUGUAUACUAGUCAACGGGCAUCGUCUUCUAAAUAGUUUGUCGUCU